AUGACCACGCAUUGGAGUACGAUUCACCGGCAGUUCAUGCCUUGCUGGGAAACUGCUCGACAACAGCUCACUUUGGUCCGAAAUGCGGACCUCAUCCUGUAUACGAGCGCGAGCGGGAAUGUCGGCAGCAAGGAUUUGGAGCAACUUCAUUUCACCAACUUUAUUGAGAAGCACUAUAAGGCAGCAAAGUAUGAAGAGGGCGCCAUUCAAGCCGUGGUUGACGCGUUUGGGUCCAAGGGGCAUCAAGAGAAAUGGUUCGACAGAUAUGAUUGGGUUGUGAGGCUCAAUCCGGACGUUUUGAUCAUGGAUGACAGCUGGCUGCUGGAGACGAUGGGGAAUUCCUCUGUCGAUGCCAUCUUUGUAGACUGCAACGGCACAAUCAACACGGACUUUUUCGUUGUCCGUCCACAGGUAAUUCAAACCAAUUUGGCGGAUACGUGCACAUCCGGCUCUGGGGACACGAACGCCGAGACGCAUUUCACUUGCGUUGUGUCAACCAUCAUCUCAUCGGGUCGCUACGUUUGGGUUAAAGGCGCGCAGAACAUUGGUGGAUGUCGCGUGGUGGGAGCCGAAUCGCCAGUUGUACAUGAACAUGGCUUUCGGAAGUGCUGCCCAGACUAUCUCUCGGCGCAGGCAAAUUGCUCGAGAGUUCCGGUCAAGCACAGCGAGAAGGCAUAG